AUGGGACGACGAAAGAUUGUUCGGUCAGUUGAAGGAGAAGAAGAGUUCCAACGUCUAAGACGUCAGAGAAAUGCUGAAAAUCAGCUUGUAAAUCAAUCAUUAUUAAGUACUGAUAAUUCAUCCGUUAGUAAUAAUCAUUCAGUUGUAAAUCAAUCAUUAUUAAGUUCUGAUAAUUUAUCUGUUAGUAAUGAUGAUUCAGUUGUAAAUCAAUCAUUAUCAAGUAAUAAUAAUGUUUCUGCACGAGAGCGACAACGACUAUGCCAACAAAGAAGAAAUACAAUUUCAGUAAUACAAAAUCAAAAUGUAAACGAUAUUAAUGAAUACUUUACUGGAGAAAUGGAUGUUUUAUGCAAACAUUGUAAUGCAAAACAUUUCUCUCAAGAAAAACGUCCACCAUCUAUUCCCGAUAAACUUCGUAUGUUAUUUGAUUAUUCCGAUCCAAAUUCUCAAAAUUGUCAUGAACAAAUACGCGUUUAUAAUUCUUCGUUUUCAUUUGCAUCUUUCAAUGCUAAUUUGAUCAACUUUCAAUCAAGACGCCCUGGUCCUUAUUGUUUUAAGAUUCAAGGUCAAGUUUACUAUCAAAUAAAUGCAAGUCUUUACCCACAAUCAGACGAUUCGCCCAGUUUCGGUCAUUUAUUCAUCAUUGAUUCUAAUGAAGCAAUAACUAAUCGUUUAGCAACUAAUUCACAACUUAAUGUGAAUAUUUUGCAAGAUCUUGAUAAAAUCAUGCGCGACCAUAACAUGUUUGCGAAAUUUCAUCAAAUGAUGCAUGAAGAAGUCAAGAAACAAGAAGAGUUAGCAUUGCAAUCCAAUUAUUCAAAUACUCCAAAGAUGGAACUACUUUUUACGCUUAAACCGGGUGUAGAUCGUAGAAGGUUUAAUUUGCAACAAGUUAAUGGAGUUGCUGCUAUUUUUACUACCACUGCAGAUGGAAAAAUUCCAGAAUCAUACCAAUGGUUAGUUGAUAAUUAUGUCAAAAUAGAAAAAGAUCAAAUGACAUAUCAUAAAAAUCAUCAAGCACAAAUUAGAGUUAAUAUGUACCAAGGAGUUCAUGAUCAUUUACAACGUAUAGCAAAUGAUUCUAAUAGUCGUAUAGGAAAAGUUGUAGUUCUCUCGGCAACAUUUACAGGAUCACCACGCAAUAUGUUUCAGAAUUAUCAAGAUUCAAUGGCUAUUGUACGCAAAUAUGGUAAACCAGACUUAUUUGUUACAAUGGCUUGUAAUCCUCAUUGGAAAAAAAUCACGUUUUUCGGGAACGUCGCUGCAUAUGUAUAUGUGAUUGAGUUUCGAAAAAAAGGAUUACCACAUAUUCAUCUAUUAAUAACAUUAAAUUCGAAUUCAAAAAUGACUACUCCAACAAUUGUUGAUCGUUAUAUCUCUGCUGAAAUUCCAGAUCCGAAUAAAAAUCCUAUUUUACAUGAUAUUGUUAUGAAAAAUAUGAUUCAUGGACCAUGUGGAAAUUGGUGGCAUGAUUGUGCAACAGUAACUGUAGGUGAAACAUCGUCAGAUAAUUCGGUUGUUGACCAUGAUAAAAUAAAAAAUUAUAUUGAAACUCGAUAUGUAAGCCCAAUUAAAGCUACAUGGCGAAUUCUAAGUAAACCAUUGCAAAAACAAAGUCAUUUUAUUGUUAGAUUGCCUUCACAUUUACUAAAUCAACAGAGUAUAACGAUUGAUAUUGAAAUGAAUGAAGAUGAAAUGACUAACGCAUUAGCAGAUAAAACAACAAUGUUGACUGACUAUUUUAAAUUAAAUUCAACUGAUGAACUAGCAAAGCAGUAUAUAUAUCCUGAAAUUCCUCAACAUUAUGUUUUUAAAAAGAAAAAAAUUGAUGGACGAAAUAUUACAAGUUGGGAAGAACGAAAAUUACACUUUAAUACAAUUGGACCACGAGGAUUAAUUGAACAUGAUGAUAAAUGGCAAAACGCAAUGCAUGAAGCUGAAGUUUGGAAGAUGCCUUUAAGUUUACGUAGAUUAUUUGUUCGUAUUUUAAUUCAUUGCCAACUUCAACAUCCAGACAAGUUAUGA